AUGGAUUGUCCGAAUCCUGGCGCUGAGGUGGAAUUCCUUCGAUAUUGCCUACAAACGAUAAAUGCUACAGCGGUACUGAUCCCUCAAUACUUACGAUCUGAUGAAAUGAUAGAUAUGUUAGCGAAUGGAACAGCAGAUAUUACGCUUAUUCCUUUACUGCAAAAACGAGAACGAAUGGAAAAGGUGGACUUCUCAACACCGAUCGGACUUGUGUACGUUGGGUAUUAUGUGAUGGAGGCGGAAAGGAUCGAUGUUCCAGAUCGUAUCCGAAAUGUUUUCAGCGUACCUAACCGCUACGCUCAACCUCACCGCUUCGAGCGCAGACGCCUAAGGAAAUGCACCAAGCUUCAGGCACUGUCGAUUCUCAUUCUGACUAGCCUGGCUGUAGCGACUCUCCUCUACAUCUACUCAAAAUUAUUCUACAACAAUCGUAUGUCACUACUGGAAUCCAUAACGGUUACAUUCUCUGGUCUCUUGAGACAAUGUCACCUAAACCUCAAUGGUCCUAUAUGUGUAAGCAUUCUUGCAUGUAGUUGGUUGUGGUUCACAUUCGUCAUAACAGCCCAUUACGAGGCAAAAAUUCGCAGCUUGCUAAUGCUGGCACGCCACCGUGGCUCCCUGUUUACGAAUCUAGAUCAAGCAAUGGAUACAAUGGAGUACUACGGAUGGAAAAUGGUAAUUGAAAAAAGGAGCUACUCACCCUUCGAACACUGUUAUCCUAUUCAAUGUGAAAGAUUGAGAAGACUUCAGAAAAGAUCUUUGAUAAAAGAGCAUGAUGGCUCUGACUUGCUGUCAGUGGUGUCAAAGGAUCACUUUGCCUUCAGUGCUCUGCCUAAGGACAUGGCUCCACAUCCAAGGUCUAUAAUCGACGAUAGGAGACACGUGUUGUUUGUACGAGACGAUUACAUCAUGCCCAUAUAUUUGGCGUAUGCUCUCCGAAAGUAA